AUGUCUGCGCCCAUAAAGAUAUUAAAUUCGCUUCAGAAGUUGAUAUCUAUCAAUAUAAGACAAAUCAGCGCAGUUUCUAGUAAAGAAAUAUGUAACUUUCAAUUUAAAGCAAAUCAACGAAUUAGACAAUACCACAGUUUUAAUUUUCUGACUCCACAUUUACACACAAGUACCUUGUUUGCCAAAAUCUCCAUACGAAAUCGACGGAAUUAUAGUCUACAACACAGAGAAUGUUGGCGGUGUGGAAAACCAACAAACACUAAGGAAGACAUAUUUUUCUGCAGUUGUGGGGUUGUUCAAGCAGUUCACACACUGUCUUAUUUUGAAAUAAUGAGCUUAGAUGAUAAUUUUGAUGUUGACACUACAUUAUUAUCACAAAAAUACAAAGAAUUACAAAAGUUGCUGCAUCCAGACAAGCACACAUUGAAAUCAGAGGAAGAAAAAAGACUUUUUGAAGAGCAGUCAUCUCUAGUAAACAAAGCUUACAGUACUUUGAUAAAACCAUUGAAUCGUGCAUUAUACAUGCUUGAUCAAGCAGGACAUCCAAUUGAGGAACAGAAUAGUGAUGUGGAUCAAGACUUUUUAAUGGAAAUCAUGGAAAUCAAUGAAGACAUUGCUGAUGCUGAUUCUCUAGAGUCACUUAAACCUAUAGAAAUGGUAAACAAGAAAAGGCUGGAGGAUAACAUUAGUAAAGUAUCUAAAGCCUUUCAGGAAGGGGACAUAACUGCAGCUAAACAGCUCAUCAUAAAACUGAAAUAUUUUACAAAUAUUGAUGACAAAAUCAAAGACAUUUACAGAGGCCAGUUCUGAAUUAGUUUUGUGUCAUCUACAAAUACAUGUUGCACAACCAACCCAAUGUCUUAAGGAUCAUAUUGCAUAACAUUGUAGGCUCUGCAGUGUGGGUUUACCUGGAUGAAGGGUGGGACAAAUUGGAAUGACUCUUGAAUAAGAGGAUAUUUUUUGUAGGGGAUUAACCUUGCAACAGGUCAUCUACAUACCAGAGACAUUUGGGGCAGGAACCCCCUCAAUCUGAUUUAAAUACAUAUCCUGUGUCAUGCUUCUCUUACAAGGAUCUGACAACACUUGUUCUGGUAAUUAUUACAUUAGCCGAUGAAAUUCCUGCCUACAAAUUUUCUAAGGUAGGUAUCAUUAUAAUAGAACCAGAGGAAACUGAAAGGUCUUUGAAUCACAAAGUAGAACAGAGUGUUGUCAGAUCCUUUUAAGCAAAGUGUAGACCCAGGAUCUGUAUUUUAAUAAGAUUUAGAACCUUCCCCUGUGAUUUUUGUCUGUGAUACGGGUAUUCUCAAUAAAAUUAAUUAUUUAAUAUAAAAAAGAAGAUGUGGUAUGAUUGCCAAUGGGACAACUCUCUACAAGAGACCAAAUGACGCAGAAAUUAACAACUAUAGGUCACCAUACGGCCUUCAACAAUGAGCAAAGCCCAUACCGCAUAGUCAGCAGCUUAUUUUCAUUUUGUUACUGUCCACAAUGUUUGUGAUUAGGACAAUUGGUAUACUGGAAUAUUUAAAUUUCAAAAUUGUAUUAUUCUGUCAAAAUAAUACAAGGACUAGACAUAAUUAUGUCUGUGUCCACAGCUUAUUUAUAGACUACAAAAUAAUUUGAAUCUUAUAAUCUACCUGUAUAUAAAUUUUUAUUAUAUUUUUCGUAAAUUAUUGUGCCUGAAUAUCACAAGUACACAACUUAUAAUUUUUAAUUUAACUUGGAACAUAUAUACAUCUAACUCUCUGAGGUAAUAACAUAAAUCUAUCUUUUAUUAAUUUUUGUUUGUCUAUACCUUAUUAUAUAUCUAAACAAGAAUUCAGAGAUAAAUUAUAGGUGAGAAUUGGAUUAGGAUAUCGCUUCAUAUCAACUCCAGUUACCUAAUUUUUACUGAAACUAAUAGAAAGGAAGGAUAUGAUUCACUUAUACAUGGUUUAUCAAAUUUUUAUACAGAAUUGUUAUAGCUAGUGUGGUGUUAAAUAAGGCUGAUUGAUUUUAUGUAUGUGUGUGUAUGAAGUGGAAUGUAAAUGUGUGUCACUGCAAGAGAGGGAUGAACAGCUGGUUAGAUUUCUUAAUUUGUCACCUUAUAAGUAUUAAUAAAAACUUUAUAUUUAGACUA